GGCUGGCGGCGCCAGCCCCGGGGGAAGGGGUGGGGGGGCGGGGGGUGUGACCCGCGCUGCAGCCGCCGCCGCGGCCCGCCCCGCUCACACGGUGCCCGAGCCGCCGAGCGAGCAGCAGCGCCGCGUCCCCGCCGCCGCCCCGCCAUGCCCAACUUCGCCGGCACCUGGAAGAUGAGGAGCAGCGAGAAUUUCGACGAGCUCCUCAAGGCGCUGGGUGUCAACGCCAUGCUGAGGAAGGUGGCGGUGGCGGCCGCCUCCAAGCCGCACGUGGAGAUCCGCCAGGACGGGGAUCAGUUCUACAUCAAGACCUCCACCACCGUCCGCACCACUGAGAUCAACUUCAAGAUCGGGGAGAGCUUCGAGGAGGAGACGGUGGACGGGCGAAAGUGCAGGAGUUUGGCCACUUGGGAGAAUGAAAACAAGAUCUAUUGCAAACAAACUCUUAUUGAGGGAGAUGGCCCCAAAACAUACUGGACUCGAGAGCUAGCUAAUGAUGAGCUGAUUUUGACCUUUGGUGCUGAUGAUGUUGUGUGCACAAGAAUUUAUGUAAGAGAGUAAACCCAUCAAUUUACUUGUCAUCUGGGAUGAAGUGGAGAACUGUGAAAAAUCCCCAGUAUAAUGAGUAUCUGUGUGUGCUGUUACUAAUGCCAAUGCCGUGUUGUAUGUGACCGUGUGUGUUGUAUCUGAACCCAUAUCCUCCCUUGUGUAUUUUGAUUUCACUUUUCAUCGCAGACACUGUUCCUUCCUACUUUUAUGCCAUCAUUUUCCAUGUCUGCUUUGUAUUUUGUAGUUGUCCCUUGCUAUGGUUUCGUCAAUUAUUAAACUUAUUGGGCAUAACUCA